CGAGGCUCCGGGAGGCCGCUCCGGGGCCGGGGGGCGGCGGGGGCAGUGACGUCACCGCAUGACUGGGUUUUUAUGAAUGAAAGGAAUCCUGCGAGUGAGUAAUUCCGGGAAGCUCGCCUUACAACUCCGCGCGGCCCCCCGCGCCGCUCGCCGCACAACACGACUCCCGGGGCGCCGGACUCGGGCCGACCCGCGGUGGGCAGCGGAGGGAAGGCGAGCGGGCCAGCGCGGCCGGGACAGCGGGCCGAGCGGGCCGAGCGGGCCGAGCGGCGGGUCUGCAGCCCAGAGGCGCCUUCUGCAAACAUGUCUGGGGAUCCCUUAUCCAGCAAGGCUUUGAAGAUCAAGCGCGAGCUGAGCGAGAACACGCCGCACCUGUCCGACGAGGCGCUGAUGGGGCUGUCGGUGCGCGAGCUGAACCGGCACCUGCGCGGGCUGUCGGCCGAGGAGGUGACGCGGCUCAAGCAGCGGCGCCGCACGCUCAAGAACCGCGGCUACGCCGCCAGCUGCCGCGUGAAGCGCGUGUGCCAGAAGGAGGAGCUGCAGAAGCAGAAGUCGGAGCUGGAGCGCGAGGUGGACAAGCUGGCGCGCGAGAACGCCGCCAUGCGCCUGGAGCUCGACGCGCUGCGCGGCAAGUGCGAGGCGCUGCAGGGCUUCGCGCGCUCCGUGGCCGCGGCCCGCGGGCCCGCCACCCUCGUGGCCCCGGCCAGCGUCAUCACCAUCGUCAAGUCGGCCCCGGGCCCCGCGGCCGCCGCCGCCGCCGCCGGCCCCGCCCCAGGCUCCGCCCCCGCCCCAGGCCCCGCCCCCGCCGCCUGCUCCUAGUCCCCGCCCCGCCCUCCAAGCCCC